ACAUUUUCCAGAACAUCCUCCCAUAGAUCCCGCCAUCCGCACUGUAAGCCUCCAAUGACGCUAACCCCAAUCCAGUGCUCAACCAUCACUCACCCAAACUCCCUCUCGUCUCUCAUUGGUCGGUCAUCCCCGCGCUCUCCUCCUCCCGCACCUCCCGCUUCCCAAGCAUCAUCGAACAACGAAAACAGAAUCCCCCAUAGAAGAGGAAGAUUGUUCCCCUUCAUCCACAUUCUUUAAUCCACACCCAGAGCCUGAAUAAUCUUAACCCGCACGAUUGAAAACUCGUCCGUCCGUCCGUCUCCGUCCGCCCAUCUAGUCCGACCGUUGCGCUCAAACAAGGCGUACCUCCAAAAGCGGAACCCACGAGGCGCGCGCGGGCGGCCGACCGGGCGGCCGCCCCACAUACGCUGCGCCGUUGCUUACUACUGACUUGACUUACAUACUCAUCUUGGCUUGUACGAGGUGUAUGGUUGGUUGUUGGGGAAGCGCGGUGUGUUGGGCUUAUGGGGCGAAGGAGGAUGAAUUGGUAAUGGGAGGUGGACGAGGACGAUUUGGUAAUGCAAGUUGGAGAAUGGGGAGGAGAGGGUAUAUAGGAGGGAUGGGGGGAGCGGUCGUUGAAUGGAAUAGAAGAGAUAUCAACGAGUUCAGUUCAAGAGAUUAUCAACAGCGAGCAGACUACUUCGAUUACCGAGAAAAUACUUUUUUAUAUUUUGAAUUCACUGUCGUCGGAAUCACUUUUGCUCGAUACUAUUUAUUCUGUUUGAUUUGUACAUCAUCGAUAAACCUUCGCAUUAUCAUCAGCAUCAAUAUGUCUUCUUCUAGCGUCGCCGUCGCAGGAGGAACUGGUGGCCUCGGCCGAGCCAUCGUCGAAGCCCUGAAAGCAGAUGGACGAUACCAGGUUAUAGUCCUAGCACGAAGUGUCAACGCCGAAUUCGAAAAAGAUGUUGGCGUCAAGACCCACGCCGUCGACUACAAAGACGUCACAUCAUUGACCAACGUGUUCGAGGAAAACAAAGUGGAUACCUUGAUCUCGACAAUUGCCUUCGGACCCGAUAACAGCGGGGAGAUGAACAUGGUGGAAGCAGCUGAGAAGUCCAAGGUGACGCGUCGUUUGAUCCCGAAUUUGUGGUCUUUGAUCCCGUUCACGCAGAAACAUGCUGCGAUGCCUAUAGCCGGAGGCAUGCUGAACGUCAUCUCGCGACUCGAGAAGUCGGACAUCGAGUGGGCCGCCGUGCGACCAGGAUUGUUCCUCGACUAUUUCGUCGAAGGCCUGCCUUCGUACGUCACUCUGAACAGCAUGAUCGUGGACGUGCGCUGGAACACAGCUAGCAUUCCCGCAACUGGCGAGACUAGUAUCCCACUGACGUACACGCACGACAUUGGCAAAUACGUUGCUGCAUUGCUCAAUCUGCAAAAAUGGGAACAUUACUACUGCAUCCAAGGUGACAAGAAGACGUUCAAUCAGAUUGUGGCUGAGGCUGAGAAGGCAAAGGGCGUGAAGUUUGAUGUCAAAUACGACUCUGUGGAGAGGCUAAAGAAAGGCGAGGUUUCUGAGAUGCCAGCCUACACUGAAAUGGCGAAACAUUUUGGUGGCGGUGAGCAGGGUCUCGCGGCGGUGAAGAUGAUUUUGGCUGCUUAUGGGCUCUCCAUCGAAGAUGGCGAUGUGGAGUAUAAAUCCCCGCUAUUGAACGAGAUGUUUCCGGAGAUCAAGGCCCUCUCAGUCGAGGAGGGAUGGAAGAAGGUAGCGGGCAAGUCUUGA